AUGCCGCUCGAAGCGACGAUGCUGGUGAUCGAUAACUCGGAGUGGAUGCGCAAUGGCGACUACCCUCCGACACGCUGGGAUGCACAGGCGGAUGCCGUCAACAUCCUCUUUGAUGCGAAGACCAACUCGCACCCGGAAAACAUGGUCGGCAUCAUGACGAUGGCCGGCAAGAGCCCCGAGGUCCUUGCGACGCUCACGCAGGACAUUGGCAAGAUCUUUGCGGGUCUGCACGCCAGCAAGCUCGCUGGGUCGGCGAGCCUUGCGACGGGCAUCAACGUCGCCCAGCUCGCCUUGAAGCACCGCCAGAACAAGAAUCAGCGCCAGCGCGUGAUCGCUUUUGUCGGCUCGCCGGUGGCGGACUCGGAAGAGAGCCUGAUCCAGCUGGGCAAGAAACUGAAAAAGAACAAUGUUGCUGUGGACAUUGUCAGCUUUGGCGAGGACGCACAGAAUGAACAGAAGCUCGCCAAGCUCGUCGAAACGGUCAACAGCAGCGACAACAGCCACCUGCUCACGGUACCGGUGGGCACGCAGCUUCUCUCGGAUACCCUUAUUUCGUCGCCGAUUGUCAUGGAGGGCGGCGCAGACAACGGCCAGGGCUCCUCUAGCAACGCCGAGUUUGGCGGCGUGGACCCGAACAUGGACCCGGAACUGGCCAUGGCCCUGCGCAUGUCGCUCGAAGAGGAGCAGGCGCGUCAGCGCGCCUCGACACAGACGUCCGAGGGAGCGACAGGAUCGCUGGUGCCUACCGAAGCGCCUCCGAUCACGGGCACCGCGGGUAUGGAGACAGACGCCUCGAACGAGGCCAACAGCGAGCAGGCGCUCUUGGAACAGGCGCUCGCUCUGUCCCAGGGCCAGGGAUCCUCGUCCGAGGCUGCGCAGGACUCGAACGAUGCGCCUCGCGCUACCGUCGCGGGUGCCAAUGAGGGUGACGAGGAUGAAGAGAUGACUGAAGAGGAUGCCAUUGCCCGGGCCAUUGAGAUGAGCUUGAUGGAAUCGAAGGGCCCCGAUGGCGAAUCAAAAUAA